UUGGUGAUUAGGAGACACUAAGUUUGUAUAUGUGAAAUGGUUCAGGUAUUGAGUGAACAUACAGAUAAAGUCUGGUUUUUGACGUUCUCACAUGAUGGCAAAUGCUUGGCUUCUUCUUCCAAGGAUAAAACAGCUAUUCUCUGGGAGGUAUGUAGCUAUCAAAUAAUUUGUAUAUAAAUAACUAGAAUGAUUAUUACUAAAAUUAACAUCGUAUAAGUCAUGCAUUUUUCAGUUUAUCAAGUAGAUGUUACUUCGAAUAACAAGGAAAAUUAUGCAAUAUAUCAAUCAUAGUUAUUACCUAGAAACAUAUGAUUCCAAUACAAAUUAUUACCUAGUUAUAGUUACAUACAAAUUCCCAAAUAUUAAUAAUUUGUAUUUGGUUUGUAUAUAACUAUAACUAUAAUAAUUAUAAUAAAAUUAGCAGUAUAAGUCACGCAUUUUUCAGUUUAUGAAAUAGAUGUUACUUCAAAUAACAAGGAAAAUUAUUCAAUAUGUAAUAGUUAUUACCUAGAAACAUAUGAUUCCAAUACAAAUUAAACAUAUAUUUUUCUUUAACAAAAAAAAGAAACAUACAAAUUAUUAAUAUUUUCUGAUUGACUUAGAUAUGCCUUUUUCAGAUGGAUGCAGAUGGGAAGUUUAGGCAGAAGCAUAAACUUGUGGGACACGAGAAGCCAGUAGUAGCAGUCUUAUGGAGUCCUGAUGAUCAACAAGUCAUUACAUGUGGAGAAAACGAAGUCAUCAAGCGCUGGGGAUGCUGUUUCAGGACAAUGUGUUCAAACCUAUGGAAGAGUUGAUGUUGGUUCCGUUUCUUGUGGUUGGCUUCAUGACGGUUCAGGUAUCAUCGGCGCAAUGUCAGACAGAAGAAUCUACUUGUGGAGUUUAGAUGGGACUGAGAUGCAGCACGAGCAAGAGCAAAGGGCGCAAACGCUUUCUGAUGUAGCCAUGACGAGUGAUGGGAAGUGGAUUGUAAGCGUGGGGAAGGAGCAGCAUGAGAUCUCGUUGUUUAGUAGAGAAACCAGAGCUGAGAGAGUGAUACAACUAGAGGAGAAAGAGAUGAUCACAUCGUUCUCGCUUUCUAGAGACAACAAGUAUCUUCUUAUCGACCUCGUUACACAGGAGAUCCAACUCUGGGUUAUAGGAGGUGAUGAACCGUUCUAUCUUUCGGAAUACGAUGGACACAAGCGUACUCGGUUUAUUAUCAGGUCUUGCUUUGGUGGGCAUGAUGAAGAUUUCAUCGCUAGUGGGAGUGAGGAUUCUCAGGUAUACAUAUGGCACGUAGCAAAAGGGUUGAGACCUUGUCGUGUGUUGCGUGGACAUUCAGGAGCUGUGAACUGUGUGAGUUGGAACCCUGCUGAUAUUCAUAUGCUGGCUUCAGGGAGUGAUGAUAGAACCAUCCGGAUUUGGGGACUUGCCAAGAAGUAGAAGUGGUGAUUCAAUGGUUACUUUACUGCAAAUUUGAUUCAUGUACAUAUGAUAAUAUUCUUGUUCACAUUUCUUCAAUCUAUUAAUGUUUUUGCUUCAUUUUGAGUA